GAGCCCGCCCCGGCCGGGCGGAGCCUGAGGGCGGCCGGAGCCGCCCCUGGAAGCCGGCCCGACCCGGUCCGGCUCGGCAUGAGGCUGAGCCGGGUGGCCGUGCUCCGGCAGGCCAAGGCCGCUGCGCUCGACGGUGUCCGCCGCCUCAACUGCUGGGGCAGCCACCUGACAGAUAUCUCGAUAUGCCGGGAUUUGCCCAACAUCGAGGUGAUCACAUUCAGUGUGAACAGCAUCUCGGACCUUGAGCCGCUGAUGCAGUGCCAGAACUUGAGCGAGCUCUACCUGAGGAAGAACAACAUCACGAGCCUCAAUGAGCUGUUCUACCUCAAAGGGCUGCCCCAGCUGCGGGUGCUGUGGCUGGCAGAGAACCCGUGCUGUGGGCAGGACCCCCACCGCUACCGCAUGACGGUGCUGCGCAACCUGCCCGGCCUGCAGAAGCUGGACAACCAAGCAGUGACAGAGGAGGAGCUGUCCCAGGCCCUGGUGGAUGGUGUGGAGAUCACGGCCCCCCCAGCCCGGAGGAGCAUGGAGAAUGGCUGGGCCGAGUCCACAGAAUCCAGCGCUGCCGGAUCCACGGUGGAGCCCGAGAGUGAACUGCUCAGCUCCAGACUGGAGGAGACAAACAAAAUUCGAGAGGAGCUUGAUAUGAAGCCUGUUCCCAGGGAUAAAUAUUCCUCCUUUUCCCCUCGAGAGACAGACUGCAACCGCAAGAAGAGAAACAACGUCCUGAAUGCCAUCCUGCUUCUCAUGAAGGAGCUGGACAUGGAGGGGCUGGAGACCAUCCAGCAGACAGUGGUGAGGAGGCUCCAGGCCUUCCAGAAGAAGGAGCUGCAGGAGGAGUGAGGGUGCCCACGGCCAUUCCUCCCUGGAGCCCCAGCCCUGCGGUGCUGUCCUGCCCACACGACCCUGGCUGCAGCCAAAGCCUCAGUGCUCCUGCUGUGCUUCCCGUGUGGAGGGGCUGCGCUGGGAUGCUGCUGUGGCUCCUUCUCCAGGGCUUUCCUGCCUGGGUAGCAGGCUCUGUUGAUGUUUGUAUCCUGUGUCUCUGCGGCUGUUGGAUGGGAACUGCAGGCAAAUCAGCAAAGCAGAAAGGAGCAGGGCUGCAGCCAGAGGUGAUCCAAGAGGUGGCAGCUGGAAAAGUCACUGCUCAUGGGUGGCUCCCCCUCAGACCCACCCUCGGCCAGGCCUGGAAUGUGUAGCAGCCUCUGGAGGCAGUUUCUACCACAAAGAUUUGGUUUUGUGAAGUCUGUCAAGUCAUCUGUUGCCUGAGAUGAUCACCAAGAACUAUCUGGUGCAGGUUGUGAAGGUUAAUGUCAAAUUCCUAAUUUCUUUUCCAAGCCCUGACUGGCUUCCUCUGGUCAUGGCCAGUGCUUCCUUUAGCACUGCUGUGGGGGUCAGGCAGACCAAAGAAAACCUUGGAGCAGCCUCAGUGAAACACAAAUGACUCCCAAAUCCUGAAUGCUCAGCUGUCCUCUCACCCCCACAUUCCCUUCAGGCAUUAGAGCAGCUUAAGGAAACAUCCAAGUGAAACGGCCCUGGGCGGUGCUGCUGCUUUGCACAGACAUUGGGGUGGGUGUUGCUCUCUGAUAAAACUGCAUUUACCAAUGUUUUAUAGAGCUGUUAAAUACAGGCUAAACAGUUGUGGCAUACCAAAUAAACCCAAUUAUCCCUCGA